AUGGUCGACCUCUAUGGCUACUUGAUCCUCUUUCUCGUUUCCUUUAUUUCCAUUCGAUUCAUCCUCAUCCAAUCGUUCUCUUCAUCUUUCCGGUGCAAAUUCCGGCUUCCGCCCAGCCCUUUUGCCCUUCCGGUCAUCGGUCACCUCCACCUCCUUGCUCCAAUCCCUCACCAAGCUUUACACAAACUCUCCACUCAAUACGGGUCGGUUUUCCGCUUCUUCCUUGGAUCCGUACCUUGUGUCGCUGUUUCUUCACCAGAAAUGGCGAAAGAAUUCCUUAAAACAUACGAAGCUUCGUAUUUAGACCGACCCAGAAACAGCUCCACCGUUUACUUGACCUACGGAUCGAAAGACUUCAUGUUUGCUCCUUAUGGUUCUUACUGGAAACUUAUGAAGAAACUGGUUAUGUCUGAGCUAUUAAACGGUAAAACACUCGACUUACUCCUUCCGGUUCGGCAUGACGAGAUUAACCAGUUGGUUAAGUCACUAUCGAAGAAAGCUAAACUUGGAAAGCCUAUGGAUCUUAAAGGCGAGCUUCUGAAGUUGACAAAUAAUAUGAUUUCAAGAAUGCUAAUGAGCAAAAGGUGUUCGGAGGUGGAGAGUGAAGCAGACGAUAUAAGGAAGCUGGUUACUGAGAUAUCGGAGAUCACGGGUACAUUUAAUCUCGCAGAUUACAUAUGGUUCUGUAAGAAUCUUGAUUUACAAGGAAUUGGAAAACGGGUAAAGGGGAUACACCGGCAAUUCGAUGUUUUGGUGGAAAAGAUCAUCAAGGAGCAUGAAGAUGAAAGGAGGAAGAAGGACACGGAUGAAACGAAGGACGUCCUUGACAUGUUACUCAACAUUUCAGAAGAUGAUACCAUGGAGAUGAAGUUGACGAGAGACAACAUCAAAGCCUUUCUUCUGAACUUAUUUGUGGCAGGGACAGAUACAUCUGCACUUACUAUAGAAUGGAGUUUAGCAGAACUAAUCAACCAUCCCGAAAUAAUGAAGAAAGCGGUGGAAGAGAUCGAUCGAGUGGUUGGAAAUACGAGACUUUUAGAAGAAUCAGACAUACCAAACCUUCCAUACCUUCAAGCAAUAGUGAAGGAAACCCUAAGGCUACACCCCACAGCUCCAAUGAUCCCAAGAACUUCAACAGAAGAUUGCAUAGUGGGAGGCUACCAUAUUCCUGCAGAAACUACUGUUUUUGUGAAUGUUUGGGCCCUUGGGAGGGACCCAAAGAGUUGGGACGAUCCACUGCUGUUCAGUCCUGAAAGGUUCGAAAAGAAUCAAGUGGAUGUUAGAGGACAACACUUUCAGAUGCUGCCGUUUGGGAGUGGGAGACGAAUGUGUCCUGGGACGUCGCUAGCAAUGCAAGUCGCACAAGUGACGUUGGGUGUGAUGGUUCAGUGCUUCGAGUGGAGAGUUGGAGAAGAAGGUAGGGUUGAUAUGAAAGAAGGACCUGGGAUCACACUUCCUAGGGCUAACCCUUUGGUGUGUGUUCCUGUGGUUAGGUUUGAUCUUGAUUCAGUGAUUCCAGUAACUUCAAUGUGA